UAGACUCUGUUGUUUCUUUGAUUUUGGGAGUGAAGUGAGGUUUACAGUGAUGAAGGCGUGGCUAUUGUGUUAUGCUUUUACUGCGAUUCUGUGCAUUGCAAAUGCAGGUAGGCAGCACCGAAAUUUGGAGACAGUGAGCGACACCGGUGGGCUUAGCAGAGAAAGCUUCCCCAAGGGAUUUGUAUUUGGAACUGCUACUUCUGCUUAUCAAGUUGAAGGGAUGACAGGUCAGGGCGGCCGAGGCCCCUGCAUCUGGGAUGUUUAUGUCAAACAACCAGGCCACAUUGCCAAUAAUGAUACGGCUGACGUGGCUGUGGAUCAGUAUCACCGCUACAAGGAAGAUAUAGAUUUACUGGCGAAAUUCAACUUCGAUGCUUACCGGUUUUCUAUUUCAUGGUCAAGGAUCUUUCCUGAGGGAGUUGGAAGAAUAAAUUGGGAGGGAGUUGCUUAUUACAAUAGAUUGAUCGACUACAUGGUUAAGAAAGGCAUUACUCCCUACGGGAACUUAAACCAUUAUGAUCUCCCUCUAGCUCUUCAGGAAAAGUAUGGUGGUUACUUGAACCGCCAAAUUGUGGAGGAUUAUGCGAAUUAUGCAGAGUUUUGCUUCAAGACAUUUGGUGAUAGAGUCAAGAACUGGUUUACAUUUAAUGAACCUAGGAUUGUGGCUGCUCUUGGUUUUGAUAAUGGUCUCAAUCCUCCUUCAAGGUGCUCUAAGGAAGUUGCAAAUUGUACUGCUGGAAACUCCGCAAAUGAGCCUUACAUUGCUGCCCAUAAUUUACUCUUAUGCCAUGCUGAAGCAGUGAAAAGAUAUCGUCAAAACUUCCAGGAAAAGCAGAAAGGGAGGAUUGGAAUUCUCUUGGAUUUUAAUUGGUAUGAACCUCUUACAAGAUCAAAGGCCGAUAACUAUGCAGCUCAAAGAGCUAGAGAUUUUCAUGUUGGCUGGUUUCUACAUCCCAUUCGAUAUGGUGAGUAUCCAAGAACGAUGCAAGAAAUUGUCGGAGAAAGAUUGCCAAAGUUUACCGAGGAAGAGAUUAAGAUGGUGAAUGGCUCAGCGGAUUAUGUAGGCAUCAACCAAUAUACUACAAGCUAUAUUUCUAAUCCUGAAGGGCCUAAACCAAACGUCACAAGCUACCAGAAUGAUUGGAAUGCAGCCUUUGCUAAUGCAAAGAACGGAGUGCAAAUUGGUCCAAAGGCAAAUUCUUGGUGGCUUUAUAUUGUACCUUGGGGCAUGUACAAAACUGUGACUUAUUUGAAAGAGCGGUAUGGGGAUGUAAAUAUAUUUAUCUCCGAAAAUGGCAUGGAUGAUCCAGGGAACGCUACACUAGCAAAUGGAUUGAAGGACACCACAAGGAUAGAGUUUUUCAAGGAUUACAUGACUCAGUUGAAGAAAGCUAUGGAUGAAGGAGCAAAUGUGACCGGCUAUUUUGCAUGGUCAUUGCUGGAUAACUUCGAAUGGUUGUUAGGAUACACGUCGAGGUUCGGCAUUGUUUAUGUUGACCGCAUCAACCUCCGGAGGUACCCAAAGAUGUCUGCCUACUGGUUCAAAAAAGUACUUGAAAAGAAGCGAUGAGCCGAAACAGAUUGUCCUUCCCCAGAGCAAAAGAAUGGCUCAUUGAACUGAAGUUGCCAAAAUGAGAGGAAUAACGGGGAAAACAGAAAUGUAAUGCAGUGUUACUUAAGUUUUAGGCUGUUAUUUUCUAAUCCAAAUAAUUAGUUUGUACAUGUAGGUUCUGUUUUGAAUUAUUGUAGUGAUUUUAGAUUUGAAGAAUAAAAAUAUGGAAAAGUCGGUGUUUUCCCAA